UGGGAGGAGUUAGCGCUGGGAAAUUGCAUGAAGUUGCUUCAAAAAGGGCUCACACACACUGUCACUUUCCAGACAGCAAGGUGAAGCAAGAGGAAGAGACGGUGACAGCUCACACGGAGAGGUAUUAGGGGCAGUUUAACGUUUAGGGACAAAAGUCAAGUCACCCUGCACAGCAUGCAGUGAAGAGCAACAUACACCAUACGACAAUUUCCUCCACCAGCCCAGGGCUAUAAAGGCGCCGGCAGAGUCUUGUGAACCGGCUCAAGCGUCGGGGACCUUCCCAAGUCCCUUCUUUCCUUUUGGUCUGUAACCAGCACAUGGAGUAGCUGGAACGCUCCAACUUUAUUGUAGACAACUAUACAUUACAAGGAGGACGUAUAGAAAAGCCAUGAAACCGUUUACAACAGUUAUUAUUUUGUUAUGGAUCAAUGUUGGAGUUACUAAGGCUGCCAAAAUUCUUGUUGUGCCGCCAAUAAUGUUUGAAAGCCACCUAUACAUUUUCAAAACAUUGGCAUCAGCUUUACACGAACAAGGUCACCAAACAGUUUUCCUUGUUUCUGAAGGAAGGGUUGUUCCCACAUCAAGUGAUUAUCAAUGUCAGCGUUACCCGGGACUUUUUAACAGUACCUCAUCGGAUAAUUUUCUACAGUCCAAAAUGCAAAAUAUAUUCUCUGGGAGGCUCACAGCAUUGGAACUGUUUGACAUUCUUGAUCACUAUUCACAAAACUGUGACAUCAUGGUAGGCAACCGCGAUCUAAUACAACGUCUGAAACAGGAACAUUAUGACUUGGUGUUAGUUGAUCCAAAUGAGAUGUGUGGGUUUGUCAUAGCCAACAUUUUAGAUGUUAAAUAUGCAGUUUUUUCUACCGGCCUUUGGUAUCCAGCUGAAGUGGGUGCCCCUGCUCCCUUAGCCUACGUCCCUGAGUUUAAUUCACUUCUCACAGACCGCAUGAACUUGUUGGAUAAGAUUCAAAAUACUGUUGUUUAUCUUGUGUCGCGAUUUGGAGUAAGCUUUCUAGUCUUACCAAAAUAUGAACGGAUAAUGUAUAAGCACAACAUUUUGCCAACAAGGACCAUGUACGAUUUAGUCCAAGGAUCUUCACUAUGGAUGCUCUGCACAGAUGUAGCUCUAGAGUUUCCAAGACCUACACUACCUAAUGUUGUCUACGUUGGAGGUAUCCUCACCAAGCCAGCAAGUCCAUUACCUCAGGACCUUCAAACGUGGGUGGAUAGUGUGGAUGAAAAUGGCUUUGUUCUGGUCUCUUUUGGAGCUGGAGUGAAAUUCUUAUCAGAAGAUAUCGCUCUUAAGCUAGCUGGUGCGCUUGCAAAAUUACCUCAAAAAGUUAUUUGGAGGUUUUCUGGGACCAAGCCAAGAAAUCUAGGCAACAACACAAAACUUGUAGAAUGGCUGCCGCAAAAUGAUUUACUUGGUAACCCCAAGAUCAAGACAUUUCUUAGUCAUGGUGGUUUGAAUGGUAUUUAUGAAGCCAUGUACCAUGGAGUGCCUGUUGUAGGGAUUCCACUUUUUGGUGACCAUUAUGAUACCAUGACACGUGUACAGGCGAAAGGGAUGGGAAUUCUUCUGGAGUGGAAGAAGAUGACAGAAGAAGAUCUAUACAGCUCACUUACAUAUGUUAUCAAUAAUGAAAGUUACCGACAACAAGCUUUGAAGCUGUCUAACAUUCACAAAGAUCAACCAGACCACCCAGUGAGCAGAUCUGUGUACUGGAUCAAUUACGUCCUUCGCCACAAUGGGGCUAAACAUCUGCGAGCUGCUACUUAUGAAAUUUCGUUUUAUCAAUACUUCUUAGUGGACGUGGUUUUACUUACUGUUCUAGUCUUUACUUUAGCAUGGUAUGUCUUUUCCAGAUUAGUUAGCUAUAUGCAGAGAAAGGUUACAAGCACAGAGCACAGCACCCAUAAUGGAUUUUACCACAAUGGAUUAGCAAAUGGCAAACACAAGAAAAACGGGCACAUCAAACACGAAAAGAAGGUGAAAUGAACAAAAUUAUGUAUUUUUUUUAGUCAAUGGAUUAGAAUGUAAGAUAUAACUAUUUUCUUAUCAGUUGCACUGCUACAAAUAUUUAUUUUGAAGGCCUUAACAUUAAUUUUCAUCUUAAACAAUGCCCUACUCAAGUUAUUAUAACUCAUAAAAGGAGAAGUUCCACCUGAUAGUAUAUGUUAUGUGUUUUAGAGCAACUUACAAUAUACCAUUUGUGCUAUUUUGGCAUGGGGGAGUUGAUGUAUCAAGACAAAAAAGAA